CUGCCGCCAUUUCGGUACCGUCCCCCGGAGCCGUUGGGUCCGGGCGGUGCUGCGUUCCCCGCCGCUGCCAUGAGCCGCCUCAGCGGCGGUUGGGAAUGUGCCGGCGAGGAAGCCGAGCUCCUCCUGGACCUAUGCCUUCAGUGUUUGACAAAGAACCUUUCCAGAUACGCUGCAGAUAUUAAGUCAUUGCCACCCAACAUAAAGGAUAAACUGAUUAAAUUAAUGAGUAGUCAAGGGCAAAUAACUGAUUCAAAUAUCAGCGAGGUAUUGCACCCUGCUGUAGAGUCUCUAGACCUUCGAGACUGUGAUAUUUCAGAUAAUGCAUUACUGCAGCUUCAUAACUGCAAGCAGCUGAAAAAAAUUAACUUAAACUCCUGCAGAGAAAACAGAUUUGGAAUCACUUCAGAAGGUGUGAUAGCAUUGGCCUUAUCCUGUCCUUACUUGCGUGAAGCAUCUUUUAAAAGGUGCUGUGAUAUAACUGACAGCGGAGUUCUUGCUCUUGCGCUCAACUGCCGGUACCUACAAAUAGUGAACUUGGGCAGUUGUUCAGGCAUCAUGGAUGCAUCUCUGCAAGCACUAGGAGAAAACUGCAAAUUUCUUCACAGCGUGGAUUUCUCAUCUACUCAGGUAACAGAUGAUGGCGUUGUAGCACUAGUAAGUGGAACGUGUUCAGAGAAUUUAAAGGAGAUCCACAUGGAACGCUGUGUGAAUCUGACUGAUGUCGCUGUGGAAGCAGUCCUUACUUGUUGUCCGAAAAUACACAUUUUUCUGUUCCAUGGAUGCCCUUUGAUAACAGAUCGUUCCCGAGAAGUUUUAGAACAGCUGGUCAUAUCAAACAAAAUCAAACAAGUAACAUGGACUGUUUACUGAUUAUUUAUCAUGUAUGUAUGAGUGUAAAGUUUACAGCUGGGAGAGCUCUUAUGGAAAACAAGCACCUUGGAGAAAUAGCACCUUGGUGACUUUUGGACCAUCAGAUUGCUUCCCUCCUUGUUCCCGCCAGAGGUCUCCAUCGCCAUUCCAGUCCUUGCCUGUGAGUCUUGGCUUUCCCGUUGUCUCAACUUAGAGUCCCGUCUGUCUUUGCAUUGCUACCCAUACUUCAGUAAGAGGAAAGUUAAACUAUAAUUGAUAUUACACUAUCAUCGCUCAGCCUCCUUCAAGUAUGAGAUUUGGCUACUACUUUGUAUCUUUUACCAUGGCAGUUACAUAUACAAACCAAAUUUAAGUAAGUCUGUGUUCUGAGUUUGUAGUCCGAGAGGGUAGUUGCAACUAAAAGUACCAACCCAAACAUUAUGCUGGAGUGUCUGUAAGGUUGGGACUGUAAUCUGACAAAAGUCAACAGAUCUAACUGGUGACCGGAGGUUGCAUUAACAGCAAUGCAAAUGUAUUUUUAGUAAGAAAUAGUCUCCUUUUGCUGGGUCUGGAAAAAAAACUGUAGGUACCUUUUUUUUGAUGUUACUGCAGGUUUCUGUUCUUAUUUUCUAAUACUUGCUGGAUUUUUAUACAUCAAAAACUACAGUCUGUGAACAUGUAAAUGUAAAUAUAAACUUUGAAAUUGUUGUGGUGACUUAAUAAAUUGCAAAGUAGUAGCUAUGACUGAUUAAAAAAAUCUUGUAUAUGGGCAAGUACAAAAGCUCUGGCUUUUGCCUAAGUUGAUUAAAAUCCUUCUAGGGAACAAAAUGCUGGUCCUCAUAAGCAUUGCUGUGAGUGAAAUAGUACCAAACUGAAUGCGUACAUGAAUCUCAGGAUGGUAGAGUUCAGCAGAGUAUGUGUUCUGCUGUGUGUGGUUUAUUAUCUUUCCAGUGGCCCCAGAAGCUGAAAAUAACAACCACUUAUAUAUUGUUCAGCUGUGGUCAUAAUAAAGAAAAAAAAAUCUUA